UCAGAACAUAAUAUUGUAGAUGUUAGUAAAUUAAAAAUUAAAACUCAAAAAGCUCACCAAAUCAAAUUACCUGAAUUAUUCAAUACUAACAUUCCACAUAAAGAAGACAAACAAAAAAAAAAUAAAGCAGUUUUAGAAUGGAUUAUUCUAGAUAAUGAAGCAUUAGCUGCACCACAAAAAAAAGGAUUCCAUUGA